AUGCUUCAAAUGGACACAGAAGAGCAAGGGGUGUGGGAUGAAAGAAAAUGGAUUGUGAACGAGUCUAGCAUCAUGCAACUGUUUAGAACAUGUCAUAUAUGUGCCGCACAAAUCACGGAUAAAAAAGUGACAACUACAGGCAGCCAACUAAAGAUUGAAUGGACAUGUUUGAAUAAUCAUCAUGGCAAGUGGGCAUCAUGUCCUGAUGCAAGAGGAAUGGCACAGAAUAACCUGCUUGUUUCUGCUGCUACGCUUUUCUCUGGAACAACUUUCACUGAAGUACACGAGUGGGCCAGCAUCCUAAACUUGCAACUCUUGAAGAAAUCGCAGUACUACUCCAUCCAAUCCGACUACCUUAUUCCAGUAGUACACUUUGCAUACAAAGAUCAUCAUGAGAAUCUCAUCAGGCGACUUAUUAGACAAAAGGCUGAAGGCGAGUCCAUAGAGCUGUGUGGAGAUGCCAGGUCUGACUCACCAGGCUACAGCUGCAAGUAUUACACCUAUUCGUUUCAGCUUCUAUCCAGUAAUGAGAUCAUUCACUUUGAACUACUACAGGUAACGGAAGCUAGCAGUUCAGUUGCCAUGGAGUCCCAAGGCUGUAGGAGGGGCCUCAACCAUCUAAUUUUCAAUGAAGGAGUAGAUAUAGACCUCUUCACUACAGACCGGGCCACAUCAGUUCGGAAAAUAAUGAGGGAGGAAUUCCAGAAUGUUCACCAUGAAUUUGAUCUUUGGCAUGUAUCAAAAGGCAUAAAGAAAAAACUGGUAGCACUCGCCAACAAAAAGGAAAAUCGGGUCCUGCAGGGCUGGAUUCGGGCGAUCCUCAAUCACUUUUGGUUCUCAUGCUCAUCUUGUGGUGAGAGUGCUGAGGAACUGAAGCGACGGUGGACCUCAGUCCUCCACCACAUCUGUGGGGAGCACACAUGGGAGCAAGAUGGAAGAAAGUGGGCAUGCCCUCACCCUGCUCUAAACCCAGAUCAGCAAAGGACAAAGCGAUGGCUCCAGCCAGAGUCUCAAGUGUUCAAGUCUUUACGGAAUAUUGUUGAAGAUAAAAGACUUCUGAAAGACCUUGAACAGAUGACUCGCUUCAAACAUACAGGAUCUUUGGAGGUGUACCACAACGUUAUGCUAAAAUAUCUGCCUAAACGACUGCAUUUUCGGUACGACACCAUGGUAGCCCGAACACAACUAGCCAUCCUGGACAACAAUUACAAUGUCGGCCGACAGCAGACAGAGACUUCUGAAGGACUUCCAAGAUACAGUAUGGUGUUCCCAAAACAGAGCAAGGAAUGGGUAGCCAAGAAGAUCUAUGAGCCUACAAGUCAGUACUUCACGCAACACCUUGUGAAACUCGUGUUGGAGAGAAGGGAGGAAAGAACACCGGAAGACAUACCACAUGUCCAGCGGCCUGCAAACAUUGCCACUAAGGAGAGACCCCCCAAGGAAGAUGUAAUCUGGAAACAUCAAUCCAGAUUCCCUUGCCACACUGAUGCUUGA